GGCUGCAGCGGCGCAGGGCGGCCGCCCGGGUGUCGGCAGCAGCUGCAGCCGCCCGCGCCGCCCCCUCGGCCGCGGCUCGGCGGGGCCGGCCCGAGCACGGCCCGCGGCUCGCGAGGCGGCAAAGUUACUGGCCCGAGCGCCGAGAUGCCGGGCAGCGACACGGCGCUCACCGUGGACCGGACUUACUCGGACCCUGGCCGUCAGCACCGCAGCAAGAGCCGGGUGGAACGCCAUGACAUGAAUACCUUAAGCCUGCCCCUGAACAUCCGCCGCGGGGGUUCUGACACCAACCUCAACUUUGACGUCCCAGAUGGCGUCCUGGACUUCCACAAGGUCAAACUCAGUGCAGACAGCCUGAAACAGAAGAUCCUGAAGGUGACAGAGCAGAUCAAAAUCGAGCAGACCUCCCGCGAUGGCAAUGUCGCCGAGUACCUGAAGCUGGUCAGCAGUGCCGACAAGCAGCAGGCAGGCCGCAUCAAGCAGGUCUUCGAGAAGAAGAACCAGAAGUCGGCGCACUCCAUCGCGCAGCUGCAGAAGAAGCUGGAGCAGUACCACCGGAAGCUCCGCGAGCUCGAGCAGAAUGGUGCGUCCAGGAGCUCCAAGGACACCUCCAAAGACAGCCUGAGGGACAUCCAGCACACCCCGCAGGCCAAGUCGCGCACAGCCCCCCAUGGCAUGGAGAGCGCCAAGUCCGCCAUGCCCGGGGUGUCCCUCACUCCCCCAGUGUUCGUCUUCAACAAGUCCCGAGAGUUCGCCAACUUGAUCCGGAACAAGUUUGGCAGCGCCGACAACAUCGCCCACCUGAAGAAUUCGCUGGAGGAGUUCCGGCCCGAGGCGAGCGCCCGGGCCUAUGGGGGCAGCGCGACCAUCGUGAACAAGCCCAAGUACGGCAGCGAUGACGAGUGCUCCAGUGGCACCUCGGGCUCGGCCGACAGCAAUGGGAACCAGUCGUUUGGGGCCGGAGGAGCCGGGCCGCUGGACAGCCAGGGGAAGCUCACUGUGAUCCUGGAGGAGCUGCGGGAGGUCAAGGAGACCCAGGCACAGCUGGCCGAGGACAUCGAGGCCCUGAAGGUGCAGUUCAAGCGCGAGUAUGGCUUCAUCUCCCAGACCCUGCAGGAGGAGAGAUACAGGUACGAGCGCCUGGAGGACCAGCUACACGACCUGACCGACUUGCACCAGCAUGAGACAGCCAACCUGAAACAAGAACUGGCCAGCAUCGAGGAAAAGGUGGCCUACCAGGCCUACGAGCGGUCACGUGACAUCCAGGAAGCCCUGGAGUCGUGCCAGACGCGCAUCUCGAAGCUGGAGCUCCACCAGCAGGAGCAGCAGACGCUGCAGACAGAUGCCGUGAACGCCAGGGUCCUGCUGGGGAAGUGCAUCAGCGUGCUCCUGGCCUUCAUGACUGUCAUCCUGGUGUGCGUCUCCACCAUGGCCAAGUUUGUGUCGCCCAUGAUGAAGAGCCGCCUCCAUAUCCUUGGCACCUUCUUCGCGGUGACGCUGCUGGCCGUGUUUUGUAAAAACUGGGACCACAUCCUGUGUGCCAUAGAGAGGAUAAUAAUACCGAGAUGAGGUGCUGCUUCCCGCCGUCAAGUUCUUGCAAGUUUUCGUUU